GUUGUGCUUGGGAUUGUGCAUGUCGUGCAGUUUGUGUUGCAGUUACAAAGUAAAAGUUUAUUGUCAUUAUCAACAUGUGGUUUUAGAUCUUUUUUGUUUUGUUUUUCCGAUGAAGAAAAUCGUGAGUGUUUAUAGAAAGCAUAAUAGUCACCACAGCACUCCCAGCCACUAUGAUUAUACGAGAAGAUCUCAUAAAAGAAGGCCAAGUCACUUAAUGGACAUUUGGAGACCUAAUUAUGAUGAAGACGAGAACCGAAGAGACAGAUAUACAUUCAGCAGAUCCCAUUCACCAAACAAUAGAAGAUAUGAUUUGCAACCCGUAACAUUCAUAGACCGUCCUCCUAGUAGUAGAUUCAAGAAACAUUCAGAGUUUAAUAAAAACAAAACUUCUGCAACAAGCACCUAUACAAAUAAAACCGUAAACGCCGACACCAAAGGAAAAAAACCCUCGAAUCCUAGCGCUAGUGCCUCGACGGAAAGGCAAUCGAAUCCAAAACCUAAACCAGACGAACCUAAGAGUGUAUCAGAUGAAAAAAUUGCAGAAAGUAAAAGUCCGAUUGUAGAAAAAGUUAUCGAAACACCUGAUAUUACAGUACCUGAACCACAGGUUACUAAUAAAAUCGAAGCAGCAACUACCAUUUUGGACAUUUCUGGCAUUUCUAACAUUUCUGACGUUUCUGGCAUUUCUGACAUUUCUAUCGACAGUCUUGUGAAUUCUUCCCCAACCGGUAAAGAAAAAGAACUGGAAGAUUCACAAACAAAGCAGAUAUUACAGGAAAUGCCAUCUGAAAUAUCACCAAAAGCAAAAACUGUUCCACUUCUAGUUGACGAUCAUGAAAAAGCAAUAGAUAUUGAAAAGGCUUUAAAAACAAUCACUAAUCACUCUGAUUCAACCACAGUUGAUACCGAUAAGACGAAAUCGUGUUUAGAAAUUUCCUCUGAGGCAGACGAUAUUAUAGUUAUAAAUACAGAAGAUACAUAUUUAUUUACUCUGGAUGAUAUUGAUAAGACCAGGUCGUUUUUAGAUUACAACGAAGUAAUAGAUAUGGAUCUUGGAUCGCCUCUAUCUUUCAUAGACCAAACAAAUACCCCUAGUAUAACCCAAGACAAAUCGUAUUUAGAUUACAACGAAAUAGUAGAUAUGGAUCUUGGAUCGCCUCUACCUUCACCUUCCAUAGACCAAACAAAUACCCCUUGCAUGACUCAAGACGAGUUGUUGCGUCAGUUAAAUGAAGAGAUAGGCGAAACUACUAGCGACAAUAUUACAACGAACCAAUUAAAGGUCGUUCUUGAUAGCAAUUCUAAAACCAGCUCUCCAUCACGUAGCGUUGAUGAUGCAACAAAAUCCAAAGUAACCAAACGCAGUUUAUCUCAGACCGAUGGAUCUGAUGAUAUUAAGAAACGCAGACUUUCUAAAUCCAAUAGAAGAUAUUCCACAUACGAAAGAGCUUCUCCUCCGAAAAUCAAAGGGAGAAGAGCUUCAGUUAUUACAGAUCGCCGAAGUUCUACAUCUUCCGAAUCGAGUGGCGGUGCGAGAAGUAAAAACAAAAGUUCAAAAGAAACAGUUGAACCAACUGAAGAAGUUAAAAUCAAUCCGUAUUAUCCAAGCCUCUCGCAAUAUAAGAUUCCAAAGAAAAAACCCGUUUUUUCCAGUCCGGAUAGACCUUUUUGUACGAGCAUUAGCGAAUUGUUUGGCGAGUACGAUAAAGAUGACAGUACGAAAUCGCCAACUUCACAGGAAGUUAAUAAAGAUACUGGUAGAACAAAGAAAAGUUGGGAUGAAUAUUCCAAACCCGAACAAAAAGAUAGUAAAAACCUAACAAAUAAACAUAUAACUUCACAGGAAGUUAAUAAAGAUUCCGGUAGAACCAAGAAAGGUUGUGAUGAGUACUCUAAACCGGAACAAAAAGAUAGUAAAAACACAAAUUCACGAGAAGUGAAAGAUGCCGGUAAAAACAAGAAAGGUAGCGGUGAGUAUACCAAAACCGAACAAAAAGAUAAUCUAACAAUUAAACAGGAUACCGCAAAGACCAAUAAAUGUACAGAUUAUUCGAAACCCGUUAGUAUCAAAGAGGCAGUCAUCGCAUCUAAAAAAAAAUUAAAAGUAGUUGUUACAAAAGAUAUUAAAGUUAGUCAACGAGCUAACAAUGUAAAUGAACCUACAAAAGCAGCGAUAGCCAAUAAGGCAAAGGAAGUUUUGAAGGGUAAAAUUAUUCAAAAAAGUUGCACCGUAAAAGACGCAAUUAAAACAACUGACGAACAAGUUCAUACGAAAAAACCUAAAAGUAAACCUAACACUAGUGUAUCAUCAAAGAAAGAUGCUAUUAAAAGCGAUCAAUCUAAACAUUUGGUUGUAAAGGAAAACAAAAAACGUGUCUUAGAACCUAAUAAUCCAGUCAAACAAGAUUAUACUAAAUCAGAAAAGAAAAAUUCCCUUUCUACAAAAAGAAUUAGUAAAAACGAUAAACAAAAAUCUACCAAACUUUUAGAAGAACCCAAAUCGCAAAAAAUUCCCGAAAAACGUCGUAAAAUUAAUGCCGGAUCGAAUGAUGCUGGUGAAGAUAAGUGUCAUUCCAAACAAUCAAAUUUAGAAAAACAGGUAGAAAAGGUUGAUAAAAAUCAAAGUAAAGUUAAAGACAACGAUAAAUGUGUUUCUCUUGCUGACGAUUUAUUAUCUACAACUUCAAAUCAAAAACAUGAACCUAAAGAUAAAAUUAAUACACCGAGCGAUAAAUUUGUGACGGACGAUUUAUUAUCUAUAUCUACCAAUCAGAAACAUGUAACUAAAGAUAAAAAUGAUGCACCAAGUGAUAAAUGUGUGGCUGACGAUAUAUUAUCUGUAACUGCAAAUAUAGAUUCUGAACCUAGAGAUAAAAUUACUACACCGAUUGAAAAAUGUGCUCUGACUGACGAUUUGUUAUCUAUAACUGCAAAUCGGAAACAUGAACCUAAAGAUAGAAUUAAUACACCGAGUGAUAAAUGUGCUCUAACUAACGAUUUACUAUCUAUAACAGCAAAUAAACAUUCUGAACCUAGGGAUAAAAUUAAUACACCGAUUGACAAAUGUGCUCUGACUAACGAUUUACUAUCUAUAACAGCAAAUAAACAUUCUGAACCUAGAGAUAAAAUUAAUACACCGAGUGACAAAUGUGCUCUGACUGAUGAUUUACUAUCUAUAACUGCAAAUAAGAACCAUUCUGUUCCUAGAGAUACAAUUAAUACACCGAGUGACAAAUGUGCUCUAACUGACGAUUUACUAUCUAUAACUGCAAAUAAGAACCAUUCUGUCCCUAAAGAUACAAUUAAUACACCGAGUGACAAAUGUGCUCUAACUGACGAUUUACUAUCUAUAACUGCAAAUAAGAACCAUUCUGUCCCUAGCGAUACAAUUAUUACACCGAGUGACAAAUGUGCUCUGACUGACGAUUUAUUAUCUAUAGCUACAAAUAAGAAACAUUCUGAAACUAGCUAUAAAAUUAACACACCGAGUGAUAACUCUGCUCUGACUGACGAUUUAUUAUCUAUAACCGCAAAUAAACAUUCUGAACCUAAAGAUAAAAUUAAUACACCGAGUUCAGAUGAAAAAGUUGACGAAACUCUUCCUGAUAACCGUGAUGAACAUUUAGAAGCACAGCAUGCAAAAUUAUUGUCUCUAGUGUCAUCUAUUUCGCGUGCAGAAAACCAAAUCCUUACUGUUGAAGAAACUUCCGUAGAUGCAAAUAAAAUAGAUUUUGUUGCUAAAUCGUCAGAUAAAAAAGAUCCAAACGAUGCCACCAUGAUCAGUCCUGCGAAAGAAAGCGAAAGUUUGGAUUCAAUAAAAUUGCAAGAGUUAAUGAACAAACUGAACAAAUAUUUUCCUGUACUACCGGAGCAAGAAGUACCCAAAGCUUCCGAUCAUCAAGAAACUACAACAAAUAUUACGGAAGACGAUAAAUCUGAACCAAUUAAAAAAGAAAAUCCCUCAAAUUUGAGUGACAUUCAAAUCAAGACAGCCGUUAAAUCUGAACACUCAGAAUUGGAAAAAGUACAGCCUCUAAUUUUGGAUGCUUUUCCGCCAUCUGAAAAGCCACGAAUGUCUACAGUCGAAAGCGAUUGCAUCGAGGUAGCUUUCGUUAUGGAUAGUCCAGAUUUACACGAAAAUGUUGAGAUCGUACUCGAAGAGAAAAAAGAUAAGGAAAACGAUUCACAAGACGUCAUAGAAAUUAAAGAGGACAUAACCGUUAUCGAUCUAACAGACGAACCAGAAGAAAAUGUCGCGAACGAUGAUUUACUUCAAAUUAUGGAAGAUAUAAACAGCGAUAGUAAGGAAAAGAUUACUUUGUAUAGAAGCGAAGAAUCGCAAGAUAAUACCGAAGAAGUGCUGGCUAUGUCCGCUUCCCUACGGCCAUCUGCGGUUUUACAUACGGAUACGAAAACCGAACCGAUUAAAUCAGAAGUCAAUUUCGAUCGACAAAUACAAACAGAAAACGAAAGUUACUCAAACAUUUCAAGUCCUGAAUCAGUAGCUACAACGCCUAAUAAAUCUAUAGAAGAUGUACAAGCUAAAAAACAGAACCUCGUGAACAGUCGCAGGUUUGCUGAAAGUACAAACGACGAAACUAGCAAUUCGAACAGUAGUGACGCGUUACCGCCGCCUUUACUAAAAGCAAAAACUUUCUUGAGCGUCAACAAAAACUUGUUCGAAAAAGAUACUAAUGAUGCGACCAGAGAAAAUGGUGAUGCAUUAAAAAACCGCGUCGAAAUAUCUACAGGGCAGACUUCAUCCAGUUCUUCCAUACUUGUUAGAGCGCUCGAUAUGGCCGAUGUUUCGCAUCCUACAUCUUCACUUCCUGAUGUAACUGCUAAUCAGACUCGAGGAGUACUUAAUAACGAACAGGAGCGAUGGAUGGGGAGUGAUGCAUCUGCGUCAAGCUCUUCUAUAUCUAACGAUGGUAAUGUUCCAAAUGGUGCUGUUUCAAGUACGGAUCGGCCUUAUGCGCCAAAUUCUUCAGCUAUCAGUGUGAGUGUACUUAGUGGUGUUCAAACUGAUCGGACUCAGGAGUGGCCUUCGUCAGCUAUCAGUGUACCUAACAAUAGCAUUCCAGCUGACAAUGUUCAAGCUGCUCGGACCCAACAGUGGACUUCAACGCAAAGUUCCUCAGCUAUCAGUAUAUCUAACAAUGGAGUUCCAGUUGUUAAUCAGACACAAGAGUGGGCAAGGAGUGGUGCUCCUGUAUUAAAUUCUCCAUCUCCCAACGAUACUGUUUCAUCUGCUAAUCCAUUUCAAGGAUGGAAACGGAGUUUUUCGGUUCCCAACGGUACUGUUACGCUUAGUACUCAGCCAGAGCAGUGGCCAGCAACCAGCGGUGCUUCUGUCUCAAGUGCGUCAGCUAUCAGUGUCAGUGUACCUAAAAGUAGUGUUCCACCUGCUAAUCGGACGCAGCAGUGGACAAGAACCGGUCCUUCGACUAUCGGUGUCAGUGUUUCUAACGAUACCGGUUCGGCUAUUAAUCAAACGCAUGGAUGGACGAGGAGUAUUUACACGAAUGCUGUUUCUUCUGUUAGCCAACAGCAAGGAAUAAUUCCAUCUACUGGUACCGCCAAUAAUGAAACCAAUGCUCGCGGAAACGAAAACGAUCUUUCGCAAGUCAAUUCAUCGUUGCUCCACAAGAUGCCAUCUUCUUCACCAAACCACAGCAGCUGGCACCAGUGCAUGGCGGACUUCGUAGUUUUGGCGAUAAAGAACCACAUUUGGGCCAAACAGAAUUUAAAGUCUUCGAAUGUAUGUCCGCUAACUCAAAAAGUAGAGCAGUUAGUUAUAGACUUCAGAUGGAAAAUAUAUGGCGAACAAAUUAUGCGAUUUUUAAGCAAUACGAUGAUAGAGGAAAUGGAACCGAUAGAAAAUAUGGUCAUGAUCUACCAACGAGUGCAAUCACACGGCCUAUCAUCUUUACCUCAAUUCUUUUUAUGUCUGGAAGCUAUCAUGUCGCAAACCAAAGAAUUUUAUUUGAAUCAUCGAUCUUUGUGGAAAUUUUAUCAUUUGGUACACGCUAAUGCCAACGAAAUUAGACUGAAAGCGAAUAAAUCGGCUUCGCCACAGCCCCUUUUUACCCAACAACAAAUUGGAACGUUGAAUACCCAGAUAGAUUUUUGUAACAUGGUAACGAAACAUUAUCAGAUCAACAACGUACCAAGUACACCAAGACGAAGCAGUAACCUUUCGAAUUCUAUCAAUCAAAAGUUUUCCACUAUUCGUCAUACAGCACCCGCUAAACAAUCUAGAUCGUCUGCGCAGGUCACUCGGAAUGUGGUAGUAAAUCAACAAAGUCCGAAUAUGUAUAACACGAUGCUACCGCCUCAGAGAGGAAAUCAACAAUCGGUGAUUCAGCAACAACGCUUAUCCGCAUCGAAUACACCACAUCCUAAUCCUAUUCAGAGCCCAGUAAAUAAAUCUCCAAAUGUUUACGUCCAGACGUCUAAUAAUCAUAUUGGAACUUCGACUCCAUAUUCUAACAUAUUAAAACAAAUCAUAAAUGGAAAGCAACCCGUAAAUAUCAACCUACCCAAUUCGGCCUUCAAAGUUCCAUCUCAACUACGAUCCCUAAGAAAGACCCUACCGUCCUCCAGUACGGCCGUUAACGAACCACAAACCAAUGCACCCGUACCAUCCUAUGGCAUGUCGCCGGCUUAUAACGCACCGGUACAGAAUUCGGCCAACAAUAAUAACGCCCAUACGUUUAGACGCGACACUCCCAGAUAUGUUAUGCCGUCCAUGACCCACAUAAAGAAACACAUAUACGCUCCGAUGAUGUUUACGCCCAAUUAUUCGACCGAACAGACUCCUGUUACCGAAUCACCUGCGCCGCCGCGUUACCAAUCGCCUAGUCAUGAGUCGCCUGUUAACGUAUUACCUAAUAAAGAAACUCCGCCCGCCAUGUCACCUAUUAUCGCAUCGUCUAGGAAUCAAAUGCCUGUGACCGGAUCUCCUAUAAAUACCCCUAUCAACCAAACCUCCUUUAAUGGACCGUUCGUCAGUCAAUCCCCUAUUAACGAACAACGAGAUGCACUUCAAUCUCCUAUUAACGAACGAAGUUCACUGCAAUCCCCUAUCAAUGACCGCGGUGCACUUCAAUCGUCUAUUAACGAAAGCAGCUCACUGCAAUCCCCUAUCAAUGAACGAAGCGCAAUACAAUUUCCUAUUAACGAACGAGGUACAGUUCAGUCUCCUAUUAACGAACGCACCGCACUUCCAUGUCCUAUUACUGAACGAGGUGCACUUCAAUCGCCUAUUAACGAACGAUGUGCACUUCAAUCUCCCGUUAAUGUUCCGCUGGCCAGUCCAUCGCCUGUUAGCGAGUCUCCCGCCAAUCGACCUAAUACUGAAUCGCCUAUUAACGAGUCUGUCGACAGUGGCGAAUCGUGCGAUUCGGGGACCAAGGUGAACGAAGAUGACGAGAUGGUGAUCGAUCUUACGUGGUUGGACGAUUUUGAUUGUGACGAAUUAAAGGAGGAAGUCGAUUUUAUUACUAUAAAAAAGGAAGAAUUCGACGAGGAUGAAGUUGUAUUGAACGAGGAGCAGUUCCCGUUGGCAUCUUCUCCGACCGAUAGCGGCAUAGAGAGCUCUCCAUCUCCACAGGUUGAAUACAGCGAAUUAGUGUAUCACGGAAGAUUAUGCAUAUGCGAACAGCCAGCUGAAUAUGUUUGUGAAUGUCGUUUGGCCAUGUAUUGCAGCAAUUUGUGUCAGAAUGGGGAUUGGGCACAACACAAACGGAUAUGUUUGAAAGCUAAGUCCAAACAACCCGAUUCAUAAUGUACAUUGGCCAUUUUUUUUUUCAAGACGUGCCUUAUUAAUUACAUAGUACAAAUUAGGCGUUUAAUAAUUAUUUUUAACAUUAAUUCAGACUUUUUAAAUGUCGCGGAUUUGAGAAUUAUAUUUUUCCGUUUUAGGAGAUAAGACUUACUGUUAUGGCAAUAUUUUUAAUUGAUAUUUCUAAUAAAAAUCGCCAUUUUUUUGAUAAUCUUUAGUUCUUUCCUCAAAACUUAAAAUUAAGUUUUUUCGUUUAAUAUGUUUAUUGUAUUACGUCGGCUUAAGAUGCAACUGGCCUAACUCCAAAAUUAUUCAAGAGAUGCAAAAAAUAAAUUGGAAAGUGAAAGCAAAAUUGGACUGUUUUCGAAUAAGCGGGAGAUAGGCCAAUUUCGAAUGGAUAUAAAAGCAAACUAUUUGUUACUUUUAGUGUAACGAUCUCUUCCAUUUUUCCUUUUCGUAAGUUUAUGCGUUUUUCAGUGGAGUUAGGCCAUUUGCAUCUUAAGCAGACGAUUAUUAGUUUUUAAAAUAUCAUUAUUGGUAAAACUGUUAUUAAGUGUCUAGAGAUGACAUUUAUAUAAUUAAUUAAUUAAUUAGGCAUUCCAAACAAAAUGGCUACCAGUGGAUUUUGACAACAUUAUGGCAACCCUGUAGGCCUGGUUGAUCAUUCAUGUUAUUCAAAAUAGACAUAAGCUUAUGCCUUGAAGUAAAAAUGUUAAUAAUUAUUUUUUUACUAUAUUCAAAGACUUAAAAUUAGUUUAAAACCACAUUUUUGCUAAACCGAUUCAAAUUAAUGAACGACCCGCUUUGAGCAAUCUAUAUAACUAUAUAUGCAUCAUUGAACCUGUCAAUGACGACAGGCCCACAGGGUUGCCAUAUCUAAACCGUCAGUUCCUACUUGUUAGCAUUUUGACAAGUCGUUGGAAUGCCUAAUUCCCUUUCUGUUUUAUGAAGUUUGUUUUUUUAUGUAGGAAUCAGUUUAACCUUAAUUUCAUUAUUAUUUUGAAAAAAUUGGUGAAUAUAUUGUGAUAAAAAGUGUUAAAAAAGUGUAUUUAAGUAAUUUUUAUAUUUUUACUAUAGGUUAACUAUCGACACCGUCUUAUUAUACACGUGUGUACAAUUGAUUACAAAAGUUAUAAUGAAUAAUUUGUUUGUUUAUUGAUUAUCAAAUUUGUGAAUUUGACAGUAUUAGGUUGUGAAAUACUCGGGGUUUUUAUACGUUUUCAUCUUCUUGUUCUUUUUUUCUGGCUACAUUUAUCGAUAUUUUGACAUAUGCUUCUCCCAACCGGUACCAUAUCACUCUUGCUGCUUUUGAUUAUUACAUCCACCAUAUUUGUUUAUACAUUCGUUUGUUUUGAUCUCCAUUGACUCUAUCAUAAAACAUAGUCAUUUUGAGUGAGCAGAAAAUCAGGACCGUUUUAAAAACUUUUAAUAGUGCCACGCUUAACGGUUAGGGGGUGGUAAUUAUUCUUUUUAAUGUGAUUAGGGGACCUCGCUUGGCUUGAGAGGUAAAAAUAGACAAUCACCUACUUCCACUAAGCGCGCUCUUGCUGAUGUUAAUCUCAAAAGGCUCAGAAUAACUUCUUGGUUUAGGAGGAAUCUGCGCCACUUAAGAUGAACCUCGGGUGACUUAAAUUACCGUAUAGAGAACUAAACUAGUUAUAAUAAAAACACCAUGUAUAAAAAAUUCACAAAAAGUUUAUUAGAUGUCCGUAAUUAAAGGACUCAAAAUAUAUAAUAAAGAAUCGAUAUCAUGAUAAUAAAAUUUGGGGUCAUUACCUCAUUGUCAUGGAGCAGUCACAAUUUUUAUUUUCUCAUAUUUUAUUUUCAGAAAUAUUUAUAAGUAUUUAUUUUAUGCUUUAUAUUUUAUUGACCACAAUUAUUUUUUCUGUGAUCGAUUACGACCACCUUUUUGCCGUCUCGCAAAACUCUUCCCAAAUCCUCGAGUCAGCACAAAGUUCAUUAGUUUUUAACUUAAUUGUUUUGAAACUAUGAAAUGCAUUCUCUACGAUUUAAAAGUAUUUCGAAAUCGACCUACUAUUCAGAAUUAUUUACCGAGUCGAAUAAAAAUAAUUUAAUUCCAUUUAAGGAAUAAUUGUGACAAUAGUAUUUGACGAGAUCCAUGCAUAAAUAAUAUGAUAAUUAUUUUUACCUUUAAUCGGUUAUUUAUUUUGGUAAUCGUCCUCGAUUAAUCGAUUUUUUUUAAAUUAUCGAUUAUUUUCUGUUAAUUGGUUAUUUAAUUAAUCGAUUAUUUUUAAGUAAUAAUCGUUAAAUUAUUUUUACCUCAAUAGUAGCUAUUAGGGCUAUCCGAUUGUCAAAACAAAAUAAUUUAUUAUUUAUUUUAACAAUUGCACUCGAUCAAUAGAAAAUAAUCGAUUAUUUAUAUUGACAGUUGCACUCG